AUGGAUGUGGCUUAUGGAUGUCAAGAAAGCCCAUCUCGAAUUCAUACAGCCAAGAUCUGUAUCUGGGCUGCCUGGGCCUUCAUGUCCGUCUUUCCGGGCAUAAUGUCACCACUAUCAAUAUCACAACGGACAGACAUCGUGACAUCCCUAAUGGCAUCUAUCAACCUCCUCCAGCAACCGCACAUCGACCUCCUACAAGCAACGUCAAUGCUCGUGAUAAUCAACCUCCUAGCAGGAAACGUCCAAGCAGGCGUUCUCAGCAACACACUCGCAGCACGUUUUGUUCUCCUCCUCGGCGGAAAUACCCGAGACUGCUUCAGGGACUCCUGCCAGUUCGUCACAACCAGCGACGAACGCCAUCGACCGGCCUAUCACCUUCGAAACCUAUUCUGUAUGUGCUACCAGCAAGACAAAGAGCUCUGCGUCCGAUCCGGCCAACCGCCCGCCAUGUCAGAAUACAACUGCGAUCUAGACCUCCCAAUCGGAUACGAGCAGGACUACAACAUCUCACUCGGCGUAGGACAUUGCACGAGCCCCGUCUUUCCAGGCGACCUCCGCCUCAGCCAGAUCAAGUCGAACGUCUAUUGUGAUCUAUUCUCCCGGCGCGCCCUAGAGAAAGAUGGAGUCCUUAUCCUGAGCGAUAUCCGCCAGUUGGAUCGCGAUCUCGAAGAGUGGCGCAUGAGUAUACCAGCGGAUUAUCGGCCGACUUUGCUCUUCGCUCAUGAUACAAGUCACCCGCCUGGGACCUUUAGUAUUCGGGCUUUGAUGAUGCGGCUGGAAUAUUAUUACUGUUUGGCUUAUAUUCACCAGGCCUGUGGACGGUUUCGGUCCUUGGCUGGGAAUCAGGACUGCGAGACUCAGGGCAUAAGUUCGAGUUUGGCCCUGUCUCUUGUUACGUGUCGUUCGUCGCUUUAUUGCCUUUUGGCGGUUCGUGAUGCGCUUUCUUCUAGGGAUUUUUGGUUGAUCCUCUUUUAUCCACUUUCUGCUAUUCUCACCAUCUUUUGCCAUAUUAUCUCUGAUCCGCAUGCGCCGGAUGCAGUGCGGGAUCUAGAUCUUAUCAGUAAGAUUGCAGUGCAUGUUCGAGAGCUUGGGGGGCGAGAAGCAAAGCUCGGCGAAGGGGCAUCAAAUUCCGACCGUGUGUGGAAAGUUAUUACGGCUUUGGAGGCCCUCGGCCGGCGAACGAUCGCAAAACAUAAUGACGAUACUCGGAAUCCAAAAUGA